AUGUUGCAAUCAUUUAGCCUACAACAUGUUCUUGCAUGGCUAGGGAUUCUGCUUGGCGGCGGAGUCUUCUAUGUCUUUGCCAUCAUCACCUACCGCAUUUUCUUCCACCCUCUUGCAAAGUACCCGGGCCCUCUCAUCGCAAAGGUCACAGAUGCCUACCAGCUCUACUACGCCUGGAGGGGCGAUCGCCACCUUCAGUUCUGGCGUCUGCACCAGAAGUACGGCAAAACCGUCCGCUUUGGCCCCAACUCCCUCUCAUUCAGCACCAACCAGUCGCUGCAGGACAUUUACGGCUUCAAGGCCAACGUCCGCAAGUCCGAGUUCUACGACUCCUUUGCCCACCCCGUGCACAACACGCACAACACUCGCGACAAGGGCGUCCACGCCCGCAAGCGCCGCGUGCUCUCCCACGCCUUCUCCGAGAGCGCCAUGAAGGAUAUGCAGCGAUUCAUUCUCAACAAUGUGCGCUUGUUCUGCGAGCAGAUUGGCAUCGAGGAUGGCGGCGCCGACUCCAAGGGCUGGACUCAGCCGCGAAAGAUGGAUGACUGGUGCAAUUACCUGGCCAUCGAUGUCCUUGGUGAUCUGUGCUAUGGCAAAUCAUUCCGCAUGCUGGAAAGCGAGGACAACCGCUUUGCCCUGGGCUUGGUCGAGGCCGCCACCACCAGACACCUUGUUUGCGGUACUAUGCCCAUCGUCAACAACCUCGGACUCGACAAGUACAUGUUCCCUGCUCUGGCCGCUGGACGUGCUCGCUUCAUGGCCUACAGCAAGGCCCAACUGACGGAGAGAACUAAGCUUGGUGAGGAUGCGGACCGUCGCGACUUCUUCUGGUACCUCCUCAAGGCUCGUGAUCCCGAAACUGGCGAGGGCUUUACUACUCCUGAACUCUGGGCUGAAUCCAACUUGCUCAUCAUUGCCGGAUCUGAUACAACCUCCACUGCCAUGGCCGCUACCCUGUUCUACCUUACCCGCAACCCCGCGGCCAUGAAGAAGGUUGUCGAGGAAAUCCGAGGCAAGUUCAACGACGUCGAGGAGAUUGUCCAGGGCCCUGCUCUUUCAUCCUGCUCCUACCUCAAGGCUUGUAUCGACGAGGCUAUGCGCAUGUCUCCCUCUGUUGGCGGUAUUCCUCCUCGGGAGGUCAUGGCUGGCGGUGCCACCAUUGAUGGCGAAGUGCUUCCCGAAGGCACCGUCGUCGGAACUGCCCACUACAACAUCCACCACAACGAGGCCUACUAUCCCCAGUCAUUCACCUAUGUCCCUGAGCGCUGGGUUGCCGGCGACAUGAACCCCAUCACCGGAAAGCCAACUACCAAGGAGGAGGUUGAGAGGGCACACAGCGCUUUCGUCGCCUGGAGUCUUGGACCCCGUGGAUGCAUUGGCAAGGCUAUGGCCUAUGUUGAAAUGACCCUGUCUCUUGGCCGAGCUAUCUACUUGUAUGACAUGCGACGAGCCGUUGGUGUCCAGGACAUCUCUGAAGGCCACCCAGACCUCGAGUUUGGACGACACCGCGAAACUGAGUUCCAGCUGAGGGACAUCUUCACCAGUGGCAAGUGCGGACCUCUUGUUGAGUUCCGACGUGCCGAGAAGGCUUAA